CUGUCCCUCUGAUGAGUUGUAUUGCCCUGCCCUGCACUUCUUCCCUACCACCACCACCACCUCUCCUACCUCCUACCCUCCCACCUACCUCUCUCUCCCCCUGAUCCCUCCUGAUUGAUUCGCUUCCCCAAUUCAUCCCAGGGGGCACCUGCGCCUGCAUCUCCUCACGCCCGGAUCCGGCGCCAUCAAAUUCGCCUGUUUCCCUGCCGCGCGCGGCACCAACAAUCAAUCUUCAACGACAGAUUUUUGGCGCUCUUUCCUUCCUUGCUUCUUGUGGUUGCCGCGAGCGCAAGCCAGGCCGCUAGAGCUGCUCGAUUCCUUGCGUGUGCCGGCGUGCGCGUACCAUGAGAAGAAGAUGAUGCGCGCCAAGCCCAGAGGUGUUACUACAUUCUUGGACGCCAUGAAGGACACCUCUCCCUCUCCUACUACCCCGGCGGCGGCCGCCAAGGAGGCCCUCAAGGAGGACGAGUGGGAGGUGCGGCCCGGCGGGAUGCUGGUGCAGAAGCGCAGCCCGGACGCCGACGCCCCCGCCGCGCCCGUCCCCACCAUCCGCGUCAAGGUCAAGCACAACGGCGUCACGCACGAGAUCUACAUCAGCGCCGAGGCGUCCUUCGGUGAGCUGAAGAAGAUGAUGUCCGCCAAGACGGGCCUGCACCACGAGGACCAGAAGCUCGUCUACAAGGACCGGGAGCGCGACUCCAAGGCCUUCCUCGACAUGGCCGGCGUCAAGGACAAGUCCAAGAUGCUGCUGCUCGAGGACCCCGACGCGCAGGCCAAGCGGCUGCUGGAGCAGCGACGCGCAGAGAAGGCACACCGCGCCGCCAAGCACAUCUCCCGCGUCAGCCUCGACGUCGACAAGCUCGCAACCAAGGUGUCGGCGCUGGAGGCCAUCGUGGGCAAGGGCGGGCGGGUCGUGGAGGCGGACGUGGUGGCGCUCACCGAGGCGCUCAUGACGGAGCUGGUCAAGCUGGACGCCAUCGCCGCCGAGGGCGAGGUCAAGGCGCAGCGCCGAAUGCAGGAGAGGCGGGUGCAGAAGUACGUGGAGACGCUCGACGUCAUCCGCGCCAAGAACGCCGCGGCGGCGCCCAAGUCCAACGGCAACGGCAAGGUCGACCGGUCGCUGCACCUGCCGCCGCGGCCGCCGCCCGUGUCGCAGCGGCGGCAGUUCAACAAGCAGCAGCAGCAGCAGCCCGCCGCGCCGGCGGCCGGCAAGGCCGUGGCGCCAACGGCGAGCUGGGAGACGUUCGACCUGCUGUCGUCGAUGCCCUCCACUUCCUCGGCCACGGCUACCACCACCAUGGCGGCCGCGACGACCACCACCACGGCCGCGCCCAAGAACGCCUCGCCGAUCCCGCGGUUCGACUGGGAGCUUUUCUAGAGAGCCGGCCACCGCGCCUUGAUCCCUUCCCUGUCCAUCGAUCCGGAUCGAUCAUUUUAGCGGUGCCCCAUUGUUUCCUUCCGCCGCUGUUCAUUCCCCCUCCCAUUUUACUUUUCUUCUUCAGAGUGUACAUCAAAAUCGACACAAGACGAAAGACCCGUGACGAGCCUGUUCGUUCAUUCAGUCCAGUCCAGUCCAGUGCAGUCCGUGCAGAAAAUAAGUGGUGUUGGGUUAUGCUGAAGAAUUUUCCAUGGCAAGAUAUAUAUAUAUAUAAAAGAUAUAGCAAUGUAUAUGUGAUUGGUUGAUUGAUUCAUACGUACUUACCUCCA